AUGGAAAAUCGUUCAUUCCAAGAUGAAGAACGUGCCAAUACGGUCGAAUCACAAUUGAAGGAAGCGCAGUUAUUAGCCGAAGAAGCGGAUCGAAAAUACGAUGAGGUAGCUCGUAAAUUAGCUAUGGUUGAAGCCGAUUUGGAACGAGCUGAAGAGCGUGCUGAAGCCGGUGAAAACAAAAUUGUGGAAUUGGAAGAAGAGCUUCGUGUUGUUGGCAAUAAUUUAAAAUCUUUGGAAGUAUCUGAGGAAAAAGCUUUACAACGUGAAGAUUCAUACGAGGAACAAAUUCGUACAGUUUCAGCACGUUUGAAGGAGGUAUAUAAUUGA